CAAUUUGAUCAGAACGCCCUGCAACUGACAGAAAAAUCACGUCGAUAGUCGCCAAACUUCGUCCGCCCCACGUGGACUAGUCGGCUAUCUUACUCGAGCUCUCAAGUCUCCAUCAAGCUUCUGUUGCAUGUUACAUUUUGCUGCCAUUCCUUAUCGGGCAGAUUGCUUUUAAUCAGCCGGGCCAUCAAGGUUACAGCAGCAUCAGGCUAUCAAAACUGAUGGAGGGCGUGUGGACCAAAGUAUCUGUAAUCUCGUCAUGGAGCUUCAGCAAGAUGUAGCUUUCUCAUGCGUAUCAUUGGUAGGUCGCCGAUCUCGCUAUCUCAGUAAUUUGUCCUUAACCAGGUCUUGAUAUCCUCCUCAAUACCUGUACUUUUCCCCUCCCUCAAAGAAACCCCACUCCCAGCAGAUCGCACCUUUCACAAGCUAGCCAACAACAAAACCCCCGCUACACAUAUCACCGCCCGCUGUCGACCAAGUCAAAAUGCCAGCAGCUGUAUCACCCGAACGGCCGAGAAGCGGCAUCACUCGCCUGACCGGAUGUCGACUGAUCAAAGGCAACACAUUGGUCGAAGAGGAUCUCUGGCUCUCUUCUGUAACGGGUCGCAUCUUACAUAGCCAAGAAGUCUUCUAUGAACAUCAAGCAGCACCAGAUGAGGUCAUUGACCUCGGCGGUCGCAUUGUGUCUCCCGGAUUCAUCGAUGUACAAUUCAAUGGCGCAUUCGGUUUUGACUUCUCGCAAGCACCACAAGACCCCAUCUCCUAUCGCAAAGGCCUCAAGGAGCUGAACAGAAGAUUGAUUGGAACGGGCCUUACAUCAUAUCUACCUACCAUCACCAGUCAGAAGCCAGAGCUUUAUCACAGCGCCCUGCCAUACCUCGGUCCCUCGGGUGCAGACCGCGAUGCGGAUGAAGGUGCAGAGUCAUUAGGCGCCCACGUCGAAGGUCCUUUCCUCAGCCCAACCAAGAACGGCAUACACAGUCCUGAAGUCCUGCAAUCAGCAUCCUCCUUCGCCGACCUCGAAGCCUGCUAUGGUGCCCACAACAUUCCCAACAUCAAGAAAUUGACCGCCGCCCCCGAAGUUGGCAACAUGACCUCAAUCAUCCCUGAGAUCGUGCAACGCGACAUCAUUUUCAGCAUUGGCCACACAGAAGCCACUUAUGAAGAAGCAUCUGCAGCUGUAGCCGCUGGCGCUGGUAUGAUCACACAUCUCUUCAACGCCAUGAAGCCAUUACAUCACCGUAACCCAGGUGUCUUCGGCAUCCUGGGCCAUCCAUCAACACACACUCCUUUCUUCGGCGUCAUCGCUGAUGGAAUACAUCUCCACCCUACAACCGUCAAGAUCGCAUAUGCCGCACACCCCGAGGGCAUGAUUCUAGUUACCGAUGCCAUGAGUCUCGCCGGUCUGCCCGAUGGCACAUACAACUGGACGAAUGGCGAUAGCAUUAUCAAGAAGGGAUCGAACCUCACUCUUGAAGGCACGGACAAGAUUGCUGGUGGCUGCGCGACAUUAUUGGAUUGUGUGAACAAUUUCCUAAAUUGGUCGAAUGCGAGCAUACCCGAAGCUGUGAGGGCUGUUACCAUCACCCCAUCUAAGAUGUUGGGGAUGGAAGGUGUGAAGGGAUGUUUGGAGGCGGAUGCUGACGCUGACUUGCUUGUAUUAUCUGAAGAAGUCGAUGGCGAUGGACAACGAUUGCAAGUGGAUCAGGUGUGGAAGUUUGGUAGAUUGGUACAUGAGAGAUCAUAGUGUAUCCUACAGCAAAUACUACACGUCAAUGGCUUACGCAUCA